AUGAUGCAACAAGCUCAAUUUAGCGGAUCACCAUUUGAUAAUCCGAAUAUUCAUUUGGUGAUGUUCUUGGAGAUUUGUGACACUGUAAAGAUCAAUGGUGUUACUGAAGACACCAUUAGACUGAGACCAUUUCCUUUCUCUUUGAGGGACAAGGCAAGAGAUUGGUUGCAAGUUCAGAUGUUCUAUAAUGGGUUAAAUAGGCAAACUCGAACCAUAGUUGAUGUUGCUGUUGAUGAAACUUUGAUGUCAAAGACAACUGAGGGUGCUACCUAUCUUUUGGAAGAGAUGGUCUCAAACAACUAUCAAUGGCCAACUGAAAGAAUUAUGGCUAAGAAAGUUGCUGGGAUUUAUGAAUUGGAGCUAUUAGCAGCCAUUUCAGCUCAAGUUGCUACUUUAUCCCAUCAGAUUUCAGCUUUGACAACCCAAAGGAUACCAUAA